AUGAGUAUCUCUGAUAGCGAGUUCUCUGUGACCGUGGCAAGCACGCCGAUGUCAUCUUUCUCCACGCUAUCGAGCUCCCCGGUACGUUCGGUGGCGCGGCGCCAUAACUCGCGCUUCAGCGUACAGAUCGUCGUAUUUGAGGCGGGCGGGGUCAUAUUCGAGGUGCCACGUUAUGGCGUUCCUCAGUCGCCACCCAUUACGGCCUUUGAGGCGAGGUUUCCGUGUCCCCGCGAGGAGCAAAGCGCCCCUGGGAGCAGCAUCGACAACCCCAUACUGGUCGAUGGCGUUUCCGAGUCCGAUUUCUGUAGUCUCCUGACAGCGAUAUACCCACCCCCGGGUCAAACCGCGCUGCUCGAAUUGGCUCCUGAAGAAUGGACUACUGUCUUCAGGAUUGCGAAGAUGUUCAACCUAGAGCUCCUACGAGAGGCUGCUUUCAAACGCGUAGACGAAGCUGUCAAGUCCAAGCCGUCCAUUGAGAAGAUCGCGAUUGGCAGACAACUGAAUGAAGUCGAGUGGAUUCGAACCGGAUCCAGAGAACUAGCAGUUCGAAACAGGACUCUCACCCAGGAGGAAAGGGAUUCACUCGCUACGAACACAUAUGUGCGUCUCCUGGAGCUCAGGGAUCACCUGAACGACCUAGGCUUGGGGAUCAGUGGCAAGAUCGUCACGUCGACCUUCGCGACCAGGAAGCUAGGGCAUCUCACAGACGACGUGCUCGUACAGUUCCUCGGUGACGAGGUCUCUGAUCCCGGAACUUCUUCGUCUUGA